CACCACCACCACCACCACCACCACCACCACCACCACCACCAAACCAAACCAAAACACCCCCAACCCCAACCAAAAUGGUCAAAGUCCUCGUCCUAGCCGCAACAGGCAAACAAGGCGGCGCCACCGUCCGCGCGCUCCUCGCCUCCAAAAGCCAACUCCACUCACACUCACACUCAGUGCGCGCGCUAGUCCGAGACGCCUCGUCCGCCAAGGCCCAAGCCCUCGCCGCGCUAGGCGCCGAGGUCGUCGUCGGCGGCGACUGGGCGACGGACGUGGCCGCGCUAGACGGGGCGUUCGCGGGGGGCGUCGAGGCCGUCUUCUUCCCGUCGGUCCCGUCGUUCACGGACUUCGAGGCCGAGCUCAGGGGCGCGACUAACGUCGUCGAGGCGGCGAGGCGCGCGCGCACCGUGCGCCAUGUCCUGUAUAGUAGCGUGGGCGGGCUGGACAGGUACCAGACGUUUAAGGGGUGGGAUAGCACGCCUUUCUUUGCGAAUUAUUGGACCGCUAAGGCCAAGAGCGAAGACCUCGUCAAGAAGGGCGGCUUCGAGCACUAUACCAUUCUGCGCCCGACUGAGUUCAUGUCCAACUACACCGGUGAAACGGCGCACUUCCAGGUCCCCGAUCUAAUCAAACAAGGCAUCCUCCACACCGCGCUCCCCCCAUCCUUCCCCCUCAGCGAGAUCGACGUCGACGACAUCGGGCGCGUAGCCGCCGCAGCCAUCGCCUCGCCCGCCAUCUUCGCACGCGGCCGGCGGGAGCUGCACGUCACCGGCGAGGUGCUCACCCUGGGCGAGAUCGUCGCGCAGCUCGGCGAGGUCCUGGGCAAGAAGCUUAGCGUCAGCACGUGGACGCGGGAGGAGGCUCUCGAGGCGCUGAGGACGAGGGAGGUCGUCGCGGGCCAGCUGAUGCGCCUGGAUUCCGACUGGCCGAACCCGCCGGCGGAUGACUUCGGCCUUGGGUUUAAGACGUUUAGGCAGCAUUUGGAGGAGCAUAAGGAGGAGAUUAGGGAGUUGUAUAAGGCGGUGCCUUAGGUUGCUGGUGCGGUGUUGCUUGGAUGUGGGGAGAGUGAGAUUGUUGAUUAUUUAAGGGGUAUGGGAAGUAAGGGUCCCGACGGAGAAUAGUGCUAUAGAUUGGACAUUUGAUACUAUUAUCAUAUUAAUUUCCUUUCG